AAUAUCAAAAAGUUGUAAAUUUCAUCAAAAAGGGUGAGGCAUAGAGUUUUGGCCACUACAUUUACUUUUUUUCGCACAGUAUAUAAUAAAAAAAUGCUUCCAGUAGCGAAUUUGGCUUUGAUAGCAGGGCUUUUAAUGCAGUUUGGGAUUGAAGAUGUAACAAACCCAACUGAUAUGUUAAAAAAAUUGAAUGAACUCAGUAAAGAAGUUGACAGGAUUCAUAAUGAAACAGGCGUCAGCAAAGAAGAGCUAGAAGCAUUUUUUAAUACUACCUUACCUUGUAUGCAACGCAUCCUAAAAAGAGAUAUUGAAAGAGGAGUGUCGCCGGAUGCCACCCUGAGAUCGUUAACAAAUGAUUGUUUAUAUGCAGACAGAAAAUGCUAUGCUGAUGAUAAUGCUGCCAGCAUAUUCUGGGGAAUGCAACUUUGUGCUUUUAUUUUUCAAAUUAUCAUCAGCUUCAGUCAUCGCAGAAAAAGAUUGUAUAUGAACUGCUGUAAAGGCCAUCCUGGUUUAGUAAUGCGAGUGUGUCUUAUCUUGCUGCUUCUUGUGAUGUUGACUUGCCCGGUAAACAUGCUGGAUGGAUACGAAAACCGUGUGGGCGUGGCAUUGGCUUUUGGAUUAACAAUAACACAAUGCUACUAUGUCCUGUUCUCAGAUUACAAUAAAAUUUUUGGUACAAAGAUUGGUGCUGGAAUACGAGCAUUGCCAUCUUAUGCGUCAGUUUUCAUCAAAAUACUUUGUGCAAUUUUCAUUUCACAAAUGGCUUAUCCCUUCUUCGUAUGUCAAAAAUUAAAAAAUCGAAUUGUUGGUGCUGUUAAUGGUGUAUUCUUAUGUGUCUUAUGGUUGUCACUUGAAAUUCAAAAAAUAUAUGUCAACGUUACAACAUGCUGGGAAUUCUGGGAAAAAAGUGGAUUUGGCAGGAAGUAUGGAUUGCUGUCAAUACUUUAUGACAUUCCUUUAUAUAUAUGUCUCGUUCUGUUAUUAUUCAAAUUUAUCAUGGUAUUGGUCUCAACUAUCAAGAUACGAAGAAAGAAAUUAAAGAUAGGUGUUAAGUUGAACUGGUUUAAACAAGACGAUACAGAUUGGAAGAGUGAAUAUGUCUACCUUCAUGUGAAAAAUCUCUUAAAACCAUGUGAACGUGAUGACGGUAUAAGUUUUAAUGGUGAAGAUAGCGAUGAGGAGAAUGAUGUUAAAAUUAAAAGAAUCGUCGAAGACAAAGUAAGAGAGAACUUGUACACAUACAGACCAGAGUUUAAAUAUUCGACACGUAUGGUAGCAUCAAUUGUUGUUGCUGUACUGGUUAUAUACACGCUGUUAGUAUCUGCAGUGACGCUUGGUUAUGUUUUAUUUAUCAAGUAUUGGAAAAAAAUAUUUACUUCCAAUAUCAUUAAAGUGAUAUCAGCCAAAACAUCCUUGAGUGAGGGUUUGGUGGAUGACUAUAUAAAAUCUGUAUCAGCUGCAUGGUGGCUAGGCAUAGCAACUGCUUUCAUUUUUAGUCUGAUUGUGAGUACAAAUUCUAUGACAUGGUAUAGAAAACAUAUUAUGAAGCUUCGUAAAGGGGAACGUACUUUUCUUCCUAAAGCUCUUCGAAAUCCAAAUUCAGUUGGAGACGAUGCUGGAAGUUUAAUGGCUGCAAGUAUGAAAUUUGCUGGGUUUCAAGUUGGCUAUGCAGCAUGGGGUUUUAUUCUUUUAUCCUUACUGUUGUUCUUAUGUUAUUAUGUUUUAAUAACACAACUGAUCAUUCCUAUGAAAAGAGGAGAAAAUUCUUUAUCAAUUAAUAUAUUUAUAAAAGUAUGGCCUACACUUCUGAUAACGGUAGCUAUGAUGGUAGUGCAGAAAGUGAUGGCUGUGACGUGCUUUCUUUUAAAUAAAGAUUCAUUAGCCGUCAAUAACAGGCGUGUGUUCCACCUUGUGUCCUAUCUCUUCUUUUACUUUAACAUAUUCCUUGGAAUGUUUUCAUGUCUGCUACGUAUCAUUUAUGGCAUCAUAUUUGGUGUAGUGUUUAUACAACGCCUUCAAAAAAGUACCUUGCCAAGAACGCUUGAAGAGAAAGACCCAGGUUUUUAUUCCUACUUGGGUUACAUCCUUCUUGAGCAUCAGCAUGCCAACCCGGUUUUACAUUGUUUCGCCCGAUUGUUACUUGAAAGUCGAAAUAAAGAUUUCGUUGAAGGCGAGAAAUACGUCACAACAACGGAUCACUUUCUUUCAAGUGUUUUGGAAGUUGAUCAAGUUGACAGUUUAAAAAAGGAAAGUAUAAAGGUGAAGAGAGCAAGAACACGCUGGCAUUUAGCGUACGUCUUAAUAAAAAACCCGUCAUUACAACGACACCGACGUAGUAAACAAAAAGUAAACAAACCAAGAAAUUUAGUGAAAUUGAUUCGAAAUGCCGACGAAGUAAAUUUUCCAUUUGUUGUUUAUACUGGAGUAAAUGACAGUAAAGUAGAUAUAAAAAUGUCGGAUAAAAGGAAGCGUCAUUCUAACAGUGAUGGACGUUACAGUGACAAUUCUACGUCAGACGACGAAAGAAAUAACAGCGUUGAUAAAGACGUGAGUUGUAACAGUGCUGAUUACGUUGUUAAUUAUAAAACCUGCGAAAAACCUGAUGACGACGAUGAUGCGGAAUUUGCUGACAAGAACUACCACCAGUUUGUUGUCGUCGAGGAAAAUGAACAAAAGUCGAUAUAUUUUGACGAAACUGAUGAAAAAAUUAAUCCGGCGCUAAAUCUGGUUGCGGAAAGUUAUGCAUAACACUCCAUAAAUCAAACUCAUGUUGUUAGGGUCCACGUAAAAUUUUAGAUAAUUAAUGCCCAUAAUUUCCAGUUAUUAAUUUUCGCAAAUUAUCAAUUGUCAAUUUUGUUGUCUCAGUUCUAGUUUUUAAACGCAACUUUUAUAUUAAUGUAUUUUUGAAAACAUGAGUUUAGAAUGAUAAUCUUAUAUAUUUAGAUGUAGAUAUAAAUUUAGAUCUUACUCGUUAUAUAUUUGUAAAUAAAUUAAAAAAUAAAUCAAUAAAUAAAUAAGUUGAAAACAAAUAUAUUUGCCUUAAACUUAGCCCCCACUUUUCAUGGUGAUGAAAUUUUGAAAAUUCAUCCCUUAUUUUCAUCGGUUUUUUUUCAACGUCUACCAUCUCUAUUUGUCAUCACUUCUACCUAACAACAUAACAAAAGAUAGCGAAAGAAGUGUAUCAUACAAAGAUGAAUAUGAUGAAGAGAAGAAGAAUUUUGUUGUUACCUAUUUAUAUGAUGAUUCUUCGAAGAAAAAAAUAAAUGCGGCAAAUAGGAGAGUUUAAGUAAGAUAGCCAAAAUCGGCAAAGAAAAAAAUAAUAACCAAAUUGUACGCGGUUGGCCAAAAAAAGGAUAUCCAACUUCUAUAAGACCGUCCUUUUUUAUCCAGGAUAUUAUUUUGCUGACGUUCUUACUGGAAGCUUUGAUAAGCUGCUUUUUUAAGUUUCACUAAGAGUACAGAUUGCAAAUAAUCUGAUCUUCACGAUUUUCUAGUAUUCUACAUUCCAUUUAUUUUUUUUUGAUUUUUUUGUUAUUUCCUGAAGAGCCAAUAGGAAAGCCUCGUUUCGUUUACAACUAAUAAGAAUACAGAUUGUAAAUAAUCUGAUCUUCACGAUUUUCUAGUAUUCUAGGUAUUCUACAUUCCUUGGUCAAAGCUUUGGACUAUGACCAAAAGCACUUGAAUUCUGGUUGUACGCAUUGUGUCCUUUGGCUGUGCCUGUGGGGAAUUUAGGGUUGUCUUGCUGGUGGGAACCCCAGAAUAGUAUAUAUUACAGUAUACUUGAUAUAAGCCCUUAUCAAAACAUCCACUGUCGGCAUUUUCAAAUUGAGCGAGAGACUUAGAGUAACGCCUAAAUACUGAAACAUUCAGAAGUUCAAUGUUACAUAAAAGAAUUUGUAUAUAUCAAAAAAUGUCCACAGUUUUCUAGAUCAAUUUCAAAGACAUCAAUUAAAGCUUUUAUUUUUUUAGAGAAUACUAUAUGUAAAAUAUUUUAUUUUUUUAUUUAUAUAUAGACACUCUUUUUUUUUAUAAGAACAUGAAUAUGGUAAAAAGCCCUUGCAAUGUUUCUAACGGUUUUGAGAUGCAGCCUAUAAAUAUUCUUGGGAUGUUCUUAAUGUACCGUAAAUGACGAAUAAGCACCUGGACAGGGAGCUUAUUUAAUUUCACCCAUUAAAAGGGCCCUUAAUGGCAGGGCAGUUAAUUAUGUAGUAGUGCUUACUCAGCAGGGGGAGGUUAUUCUGUAAUUUAUGGUAUUACACUAAUUUGAUGAUAAUUGCUACAAAGUGUAGCACUUGGAUUUUUUAUAUUUUUUUAUAUUUUUAUUAAAAAAAUAUGUAGUCAAGCUUCACAAAGCCUUAAAAUGAUCUUAACAUGUUCUUAAAUUUUGAGACUUAUGUUCUUAUACUUUGUUUUGUCCUCAGAACAAAAGAUAUUUACGCUGG